AUGCACGGUUUUCGAAUAAAUGAAAUUGGCAAUGAAAUCAAUGAAAAGAAUCUUGAUAAUGAACAAGAUAUGAGUGCUGCAAGACUUCGUGCCCUCGAACAAAUUAUUAAUCGUCGAAGUCUUUACGAUCCUGCAUAUGCCGAUUCCUGGUCAAAUUAUUUCGAAAAGCGUAGUCUAUUCGAUCCUGCUUACAGUGAUUGGGCAAACAGCUUUAAACGAUCAGAGGAAUAA